UGCCCCACCAGGGAGAGGAUCGCCGCCCGUUGCCGUUGAUACCAGAAAUCUGGUCUACCAAUGAAAUUGCCUGGACAGCGGACGAUGACAGUAAUAGCUGUUGUCAGCAUUAUAGUACUAUUGGCCAUCAUUGCAGCUGUGGUUGCUGCAGUUGUAAUUGUGACGCGUGGGUUAACUAAUGGAUUAGCAAGUAGCACCACUGUUUACUACAAUGGUUCUUUUAGGAUCCUAAAUUUAAACUAUACAGAUCGGUAUCGCUACAGUAACAGCAUUGCCUUCCAGUCACUGGCUGCUCAGAUUGAAGAAUUUGUUAAUGCAGCAAUGAAUAGCUCAGGGCUCAAAAGCCAGUACAUCAGAUCGCAAGUUGUUAGCCUAAGCCCUGGAAGUGUAAUACCUGGAUUUGUUCUGCUUUUCAAUUUCACUAAUGCUGGAAAGCAAAAUAUAUCAGUUGAGAGUGAAUUCUCCAAAAACAUGAAAAACACCUCUGUGGCAAAUUUUUACAUUGAAAAGAGUUCACUUCAUCUAACAGAAAUCACUGGUGAUGUGGCACAGAAUCUUCUUCACAACUGUAAGUCACAUCUUGGAUUUUAA